AUGGGAACGGGGAUGUCGCGCGCCCAGCGGCGGAUGGAAGAGGUGAUCUCGGACCAGCGGGUGAACGCUUGGAGCUCGGUGAACAGCCGCAUGUGGUGGGUGGUGAUGGGAUGUUUUCCGCCGAAGUUAGAGAAGCCGAGCCUGCAAGGGUUAAUGCAUGAUAGUAUUGAGGUCACGGACGAGGUAGUCGGCAUGCUCUUGAACUUCCGUGGCUUUGACCCUGCUGCAUUCGCGCCCCGGGGGGCGGGUGGCGAACGUUUCCCCAUCGCAACGCAUUUCGGCCUCAUGGCGGGGGUUUUUAUCACCAUCGCCCGCCGGGGGAUCGCCGACGAACCGAGGUUGGCGGCGGCAUCGAAAGCGCAAGUGGAUCGUGUCGAAGCCUCGUUCCAGGCGGCCAUCGCCGACGUGGAGCGGCACACUCGGGAGAACAAGUGCCGCACAACCAUGUUCGCGAACGAGAUGCAGCGGCGCUUCGUUCUCCCUCCGCCAUCGGACGCUAUCCCGCCCCCCCCCUUCCCGGCUUUCCCAAACCUCGCGGCGUAUCUCCGGUCGGGAGGGCUGAUCAAUUCUGCUGUGCAAGGCAAGGCCGGCCGUUCGUCGGCCGCCGCAGCGGGUGCCGGGGGGAAGGGCAGCAAGGCCAAGGACCAGGGGCCGUGCUACCAGUUCCAGAGAGACGGUACAUGUCGGUGGGGGAAAGACUGCAAGUUCGCGCAUGUGGCGCCACGGAAGGCCGACGGAAAGGGAGGAAAAAGGGGGGACAUGACUGGCGGCGGCGCCGAGGAGGGCGGCUCCAAAGGUAGCCCCUCCACCGUUGCCGACACCAACGCCCCUGCCGCCGCCGCCCCAGCGAAGCGGACCAAGGUGGGAAUGGCCGGGACGAAGACUCGCAGCAGUGCGAAGGGCGGUGCCGGCGGCGGCGCGAAGGACGAUGAUGAGGAAUAGGGGCGCGGACCCUGCCCCCCGGGGGGGGGAAGGGCCGUCUUUCGAUGUCGCCGGCGGCGUGGUCUCGGGUCCGAGCACGCACCUCCUACGACCAGGGGCGGCUACUGCGUUGACCCGAGGUGGGGUUGGUAUUUUAGAUGGCAAUGAUGUUAGGCGUAUUGUUUCCAUGGUACAUGCUAUGUCUCAGACCGUCGCGCAAGGCACACCACGUGCAACCGUACUUGCUCAGAUCGCGGUGAAGUGUUUUCGGUUUUUGUCUCGGCAUGGGGGCAGCUUUGAAUGCAUGAAAGCCAUCGAAAACGGCAUCGGGGUGCCGCGGGUACGGCCUGAAUUUAUUCGGUUUUGGUUUGGACGCUUGAAGGGUUUUCCUCACACAGAGACUGUCGCUGCUAUCGUGGAACGUGGCGCCGUAGUGCCCGUGUGUGGGUCUGCCGAAAUCACAGCAGCGCUAUCGUAUGGUAACCACCGGAGUGUCGUCCCACGUUCUGACACUAUUCUCCAGAAAGUGUUUGAUGACGUGGGGUUCGGGCGGGCGUUCGUGUUUCCAAAGACAGGGGCAGAAUCGAUCCCGGGGUUGCGGUUGUCGCCGCUAGGUGUAGUCGUGUCGCCUGAGAAAAUUCGGAUUAUCCAUGACUUGACGUUUGAAUGCUCACCCGUGUCGCGUCGUGUCAAUGCCGACACGGAUUCAGAGGCGGCGCCGAAAGUCGAGUUAGGUCACGUGUUGCGGGACAUCGUGUGGCGCAUUUUAUGGUUGCGGAGGACGUACGGACCAUCGGCUCGGAUUGUGUUAGGCAAAACUGACGUGACGGACGCGUUUCGACAGGUUGCGGUUCAAUGGUCGGGAGCUACCGUGUUUGGCUACUCAGUUGGGGACCUUGUCGUGGUAGAUCGGCGCUUGGUGUUUGGGUGGCGCAAUUCGCUUGGCAAUUUUGUGUCAUGACUGCCGCGUUGGAGCACUCUCACAAUCACACGUCUGUGGAUAAUGCAGUGGUCACUGAGCUUGGCCGGACGGCUACGAACCAUGUUGAGGUUCCGUUACCUAGCGAACGAGAGACGCCACCCCCAUUCCCCCCUGGGUGUCGCAUCCCCCCCGGUUCGGGGGGCGGUCGUUCUGACUCGUUUUCGGUGCGGUUCUAUGUCGACGAUGGUAUUCUUGUGGAAGUGAUGUGAAGCCCGACUGGGGACCGGUGUAAAGUAGCUUUCGCGUCGUGUGCAUCGGACCACUUCCGGGUGUUUGGGGCGCGGGGGUCAAGGGACCCUCCCUUGUUGUCUACGCGUAAACUUUCCUCGUGGCGCACAAGGUUGUGUGUGCUAGGGUGGGACAUUGAUACGGUGGCUAUGACCAUUUCGGUUCCCACAGACAAGCUGGAACGCCUACGGGCGACAAUCCGCAAGUGGCCUCCCACGCGCUGCUUUGCCUCUGAGUCCGAGUUGCGGGGGGUGAUUGGUUCGUUAUUGCAUAUCUGUGAGGUCGUGCGGCCUGGUAAAUACUUUGUUCGCCGCAUGCUCAACCAGUUGGAGCUACCGCCGGUGCAAUUGACCACCCCGGGGGCGACACGGAAACGAAUCGGUCCCGAGUUUCAUGCUGACAUGCAGUUUUGGCGUCUGUUGGUCGAAGGGGGCCUGGGGUCGCCGUCGCAGUUGUUAACAGCCCCACUUGUGUGUUUUUUUCGAUCAACCAUAUUCGUGUCUUUUGUGGUCGGACGCAUGUGGAGAUGCGAUGGGAGGGUACUUCUUGCAUGCCGAAUUCCAGUCGGGAGUGUGGUGGCGUUUUGACUCUAGUCAGGAAGUACGGGAGAGGUUUCGCCAGCAGGUCCAGGGGCGCGACGAUCUGAGCGUCAACAUAAUCGAACUCCUCGCGAUGGUAGUUGGCGCCUGGGUGUUCAUUGUACAAUCGGACAUGAGGCCAGAGUACGCCCGCAAUAGCAUCCGUAUGAUGGGAGACAAUUCGUCGAGUGUCGCGUGGGUGAACACGUGUCGGGGGGGGAGCGAGCUCCGAUCGGGGGCACUCAUGCGUAUGCUAGGAUGUUUGGAGAUGGGCAGCGGAUGUUGUUUUGAGGCGGCUCAUGUUCGGGGGGUCGAUAACACGAUUGCAGAUGGUAUUUCACAAUGGGAGCCGGCGACCAGUGACGCUCGUCUUCGCCUGUCCCGUCCCCAAUGUCGCCUGGUGCCAACAGGUCUUGAGCCCGGAGGUCGCCGAUCUUUGUACCGGCGUCUUAGCGGCGAGUACGUCCGAUAGUCAGUUGCGCAGUCGUCUCGAAGAACUUACCUGUCGGGUUGGCGGGCNCAAUGGGAGCCGGCGACCAGUGACGCUCGUCUUCGCCUGUCCCGUCCCCAAUGUCGCCUGGUGCCAACAGGUCUUGAGCCCGGAGGUCGCCGAUCUUUGUACCGGCGUCUUAGCGGCGAGUACGUCCGAUAGUCAGUUGCGCAGUCGUCUCGAAGAACUUACCUGUCGGGUUGGCGGGCUUGGUGUGCUUUUCGCCGCAUGGUUGGCGAGUCGGAGUACCUCUCGGGGGACGCGGAGGGGGCUGGGCUGGAACAAGCACUUUUGGAGUUUGUGGCGUGGUGUUGUGCAGAUAAGGGUAAUGUUGCACCAACCAUAUCCGGCAAGCUCGCCGCGGUACAGUACUUUCGUCGAGUUGACAAGCAGCUUGAGUUGCCUGCCGGUGCGCCUCUUAUCAAACGGAGUUUGUUGGGUGUCGCACGUGUUCACGUUCGCGCGGGUGCAAAGAGUCGGAGUCGGGUUCCCGUCUCGUGGGAGACAUUGUUGGAAGGACAGCAGUUGACGGCGUCGUGGGGUACAGGUGGCCGCGUGUUGUGGCUGUGUUUGGCGUUGUCGUAAUCCCUGGUGGCGCGUUCGGACGAGGUUUUUGCCACAACUGUCGGGGCAAUGCCACCAGGUGCAUUGUUUGCGGCGUAGUGACGUCGAAUUCUUUGAUGGGGAGGACGUUCUAGCCCAGUUGCACUGGCACCAGGCCACAGGAGUUCGGGUUCGGUUUCGCGGCCACGAGGGGGAACAGUCGGAGAAGGGGGCGUGCGUUACACGAGUGCGCGAAGUAGCACGAGGCGCGAGUUCUCAGAUUGGAGCCGGUGGCGGUGCCGUGGCGGUGUUGGUGGAAUUGAUGGCGUGCCAUCUCGCGUUACCUGAGGACGCUCCUCUGUGUUCGUUUCGCUGUAGGAGGAGCAAGACGAUUACGGUUGGGGAUAUUCCAAAUCUCUUAGCGCCCUUCGCCAGAUUGUGGAGAAGACAGGUGGCGACCCGAAACAGGUUGGCCUGCAUUCGUUGAGAAUCGGGGCCGCCACCACGUUGGCAGCAGGAGGAGACCUACCGGACAGAAUUAUACGGAGAGAGGGUAGAUGGAAGGAAGGCUCGGGUACGUUCAAAAUAUAUACUAGGAAUAAUAUGGUGGACGUAGACACGGUAUCCCGUAAACUAACGAAGAGGAAGAAGACUGAGCAGAAGAAGGGUUAGCAUACACGAAGGUACGGGCAAGGGGACAGAAUGCCAUCCCACUAAACGUCGAUGUUGGUGGAUGUCAAUGGUAUGGAGUACCAUUGGGGGGUCUCGGUGUACUGAGACGGCAUUUUGUUUGGACCUGCCAGUUGACAUGGAAG